AUGGGGUCGCGGUCUUCCCCAGAGUCGGCGUCGGUGGGGGGGUUCCCUGCGGUUGGGGUCGGGCCGACGAUGGAGAUUGAGUCAAUGAUUCGGAUGGCAGGUCGGGUCAGGGUGCUCCACUUCUUCACCCACUACGUGGAGGGUAAGGCCGCGUGCCAGGUCGCCAUUUCUGUCACGGAUGGAUGUGUGCUUGGCUUCCAUUGCUAG